AUGGAAUGGUUUAUGCUACUUCUUUUUAUUGUUGGACAUAUUUCUAUGAUACAAGCUGAUUGUUCAACACCGACUAAAUUCUAUGUAGAUUGCGGAACAACAAGAACAGCUAGUGCUGCUAGUCAAUACUGCUCAAGUCAUCAAAUGACUUUAAUGAAUUUAACUAAUGGAACAGCUACAUUAGCUAGUGAUAUUGUUCUACUUAACGUUACAUUCAGAGCAAGAAAUUGUAGUGGUAAUUUUUGGUUUUCAUCUGGCUCUCAGUUAGUAGCUGCCAGUACUAGUGAUAUUAAUAAUUUACUAGGCACUUUGACAAACUUAGUAGGUGCUGUUCUAUGUGUUGUACCACUUUUAUGUCCAACAGCAACAACAGCAGCACCAAUUGUCAAUGCCUACACAAUAUGUACUCGUACAAAUCAGACAAAUUCUAUACAAAAAUGUGCAAGCACCGUUUCACGAUCGGAUAUAAAACUGUAUAAAUAUACCCAGAAAAGCAUGUAUGGAGGUGUAUAUAAUGUACUUUCAACGCAAAGUAAAUUGGCAUGUAUCAGUCUAUGUUCAUCGACUGAUGUAUGCACUGGUAUGUCAUUUAAUAGUGGUACAUGUACUCUUUAUAUGUAA